ACCGGCGUUCUGCUUCGUCCCCGCCUGCUGAAGGAGGGGCCGCCCCGGCUGCGGGAGGGCGGUUUCGCUGCCUUUCCUCUGGCUUCCCUUCCCCCUCCGCCACACGCGUGACGCGCCGUUCCGUCGGCGCCGGGCCCGCCUUUGUCAGGCUCCGGGCCCGUGGCUAGGCCCGCUCCUCCUCCCGGGAGCCAUGUCCGAGCAGACGGGCUUGGCCCUGCCGCAGACCAUGGACAGAAGCUGCUGGGUUUGCUUUGCUACCGAUGAGGAUGAUCGGACUGCAGAGUGGGUGAGACCUUGCAGGUGCAGGGGCUCCACCAAAUGGGUGCAUCAGACUUGUCUACAGCGCUGGGUGGAUGAAAAGCAGAGAGGAAACAGUACUGCUAGAGUUGCUUGUCCUCAGUGCAAUGCAGAAUAUUUAAUAGUAUUUCCAAAGCUAGGUCCAGUUGUUUACGUUUUGGAUCUUGCAGAUCGACUGAUCUCAAAGGCAUGUCCAUUUGCUGCGGCUGGAAUAAUGGUGGGCUCUAUAUACUGGACAGCUGUUACAUAUGGAGCUGUGACAGUGAUGCAGGUUGUGGGGCACAAAGAAGGUCUUGAUGUCAUGGAGAGAGCUGAUCCUUUAUUUCUUCUGAUUGGACUUCCCACUAUCCCAGUCAUGCUAAUACUGGGCAAGAUGAUUCGUUGGGAGGACUAUGUGCUCAGACUGUGGCGCAAAUAUUCUAAUAAGCUACAAAUUUUGAACAGCAUAUUUCCAGGCAUUGGAUGUCCUGUUCCUCGUAUUCCAGCAGAGGCCAACCCUUUGGCAGACCAUGUCUCCGCUACACGUAUUCUGUGUGGAGCUCUCGUUUUCCCUACUAUUGCUACAAUAGUUGGCAAGCUGAUGUUCAGCAGUGUUAACUCAAAUUUACAAAGGACAAUCUUGGGUGGAAUAGCUUUUGUUGCUAUAAAAGGAGCUUUUAAGGUUUACUUCAAACAGCAGCAAUAUUUGCGCCAAGCUCACCGCAAGAUUUUAAAUUAUCCUGAGCAAGAAGGAGCGUAAGGCUGUGACCUCCAGAUGUCGUACAGUCUCACCUAACAGGUUUCCAUGUUGUGUUAGUUCCAUCGUUAUUGCACAGUAGUGGAGAAUUGUGAUACGUUGCUGCUCCUAUUUUUUUUCUUGAUAUAUAAUAAAGCACUGUCUUGUGGCAGGGUAAAUCCUUCAGCAACCACUGAACCUAAGAAUGUGACUUUCAUUAUAUUUGGGUAUUUCUGUUGGGUGACAGGCUUAUGAAUUGUUUUCUUGAGCCAAUAUGCUGAAUGGAAAAAAAGCGCAUCAACUAUAGAACAAAAGCAUUUUAAAUUGUGUAGUUAAUGUAAGCUAUAUCCAAAUGCCUUUUCUAUAUGUGUUUUCAUGCCCAUGCUAUCAUCCAGUUCAGCAUUUCUCACAAUGAAGGGAAUUUUUUUUAGAAAAGAAAUGAGAGUCAUUACCAAGGAGAAGUAAUUGUGGGACAUCAGUCAAUAAAGAUUUCCUUGGUUGUCACUGGUAUCAAACAGGGAGUGUAAAACACUCAAAUGACUGGUCAGAGAAAGCAGUAGAUCACUCCGCGAGACUUGUGUGUCAGCUUUAGCCACCUAAGAACUAGGUGGUGAAAUUAGCACGGCUUCCAGGUGACUUUUAUUACUGGUCGUUUCUACUGUCCCAUCAUAUCUUUUGCAGUGCCUAGGGUUAUUUUCUCAUGGCUCUUUUAGUUUUGUAACUGGUGCUGGAUAGCAUUUCUUUACUCCACAGUAAAAUAAAUUUCAGUUCCUCCUUUUGUAUUCAAGUAUUAGAGCACUUGUUUAGCGUUCAUGUUCCUUUUGCUUAUGUAAAUAUCUGUACCAGUACAAGGAGCAGUGGCAGUGUGAGGAAACAACAAUGGAUGCUAAAGCUAGACUUAAGUGACAGUUGAGGGCAGCCUUCUAACCCUGCAGGCCUGGGGGUGGCUCAGUCCCAGGACUGGGUUCCAAGGCAGGACCGGCUUUGAGGGGAUGACACUACACAGUGGUACCUGACCCGCAGCAGUGGGACAGGUGCCCCUAAGGCAACUGGGCUCCAUUUGGUAAAGGACACACCUUAAAUAUGUAAUAAACUGAGUUUAUUUAUACAGUAAGCUUUACUGUUACAAUAUGUUCAGAGUAGCCAGCUGAGGGAGGUUGUUAGCACUUCAGUUAUUUGAUGUAUUCAUGCACCUAAUUUCAACAGAAAUUAACUGUUUUGUGAAGUUAAAUUUUGACAAACAUGAUACAGCCAUUGAAUAUUCAUACCACACCUAACGUAGAUUUAGUAGUUGAAGUGUUUUCUGAACAACAAUUUAUUUGAUUUUUCUCAAAGUUGUGGGUGAUUGGUUUUUUUUCCUUGUUCAUAUUAGUAUGUCAAAUGCAUGGAGAAAGGUUUAAAAAUUUUUUUUUAGUGGAAGUAUUCAUAAGUAAAUAUUUCUUUUCAGCAGAAAUAAAGUAAAUGCAGAAUAGUCUUCACGUUUGACUGCAAUAAUGUAUGUUAGAGAAAUUCAAAAUAUGAUACUUUUUCUAUAGUAUGUUUAUCUUAAUUACUGAGAUGUAAUAUUUUAGACCUGUACAAAAGUGUAUAUAAUAGCCAACUAGUAUUCCAAAACUAUACAGGUAUUGAAAAUUACACAUUCAAUCAAUAUCAAAUCCUUCUGAGGUCUUGCUGUAACUGAAGAAUUACUAUAAUCUUAGAAGUCUGCUGAUAAGAUUUGUCUUAGUGGGCUCACUUUUAUAUAAAACUCUAAAUAUAGAGUAGCAAUCUCUGAAAGUUGCUGCUUUCUGUAAGAUAGUCUUGAAACGAUAUAAUAUGUAUUUCUUACAGAAUUCCUCAUUUUGAGAAAAGAGCUUUUCAGUGGUUCUCACUGUAUAUAUUUCCAACCAAUUUAUUACUGUUUUUUAAAGUCUCAUUAAGAAGUGAAUGGUGCAAAAAUUACUGGGUCUGAAACUUGUUCCAUGGGAAAGCUCGUAGUCUUCUCUGGAAGUUAAAGCUAUUGUAGAAAUACAAUUAUAAAAAUACUGUAUGGAUUAUAAAAUUAUUUCACCUAAGUGUCAGAAGUUCAUGACUGUUGUAAAUCUUGUUUUUAAGUAUUGCAAAUUAUAGUGACAUUGAAUUAGGUUGAAUAAAUAUUUUUUACACUUC